AAACGACAAACAGCGCGAGGAAGAGCUCAAGUCUCGGCCAUCAACGACUUUUUCGGCAGCGCGAGAGGGCUUCCCAUAGGAUGAGUUCAUGACGGAGGACAAAGAAGGGCCAGAUGGCUGUCGUCACAGGGCCGGAGCCGAGCUCCGGAGCCUGCAAACGAAAUGGAACCGCAUGGUAGGGAUGGCUGAGGACCCUCACCGUGGUGGCCACUACGCCACCAUCCCGAUUGUCUGGGGAGUGAAGUGAGAACUUAGUCUCUAGUGGCACACAGGAACGGCUUCUAGGUAUCAUCCAUCGGCGAUGUGUCGUACAAGAAGGGGAAUACCCUAGAACGAGUGGACUUGAGAAAAAAACAUCUGAUGGGUCGAGCGAGGCAGACCGCCGGUACUGAUUCGAGGGUACAGUAGAGGAGAUGCAAGAAUCAUGGGGAGGAGUGAUAUCCCAUGACUGGAACUGUUAUAAUAAUGAUGGGGAGACUCCUGAGGAGAGAGCUGUUAGAUCCUGGGCGAGCCAUCAGGGAUCAGCAGUGGGUUUGAGUGGAUAUCUGAUUAACUGUUAUGACGAUGAUCGUCCCGCGGAGCAUCAGUACGAGUAUCGACGUCUGAUGAUUACGGUACCCGAGACCCUUUUCCCAUGGUGCAGCACCGGAGGCAUCACCGGGGCUGCUGUAGCCAAUCUACAUGCCAGCACCGGUAUGGCGUGGUACAGGAGGAAAAAGAUCGCGCAAACGCGCAAACGAGUUGGGUGGAUGUCCACCUAUCAGCCCUGUGGGAAUGUACUCGCCAUAAAUGGCUGUCUCUGGAUGGCAGAACACGGCAGGCCGUCAAGAGGGAUGCAUGCAAGACGCAGAGAAUAUAAAUCAUCCAGUCUGCAUCUGGCUCUUGAAUUUCUGUGGUCGCAGAAUAUAUGAGGAUGAUAGGAGAUGGAGAUGCGAAGAGGAAGGGAGGAGAAGAAGGCAAAAUGGGAAUGGAUGCGCCCGCGAAAGCUCAACGGCCUCGCCAGCCAGAAUUCGCUUAUGGUAGCACUAAAAUUUAAGGUUUAACCUUAGGCCCCUACAAGUAUUUUCACUUCUGGUCCCUUGAACCGAGACACCAGGCACAGACAGCAUCGCAUGGCGAGGACAGCAACAACAAUAGAGGAACGCCGACAUCAGAUCCAGCACUGCUUCCUGCUGACUACUGUACUAUCACAAUGUGUACAGCCAUUUCCAUUUGAU